AUGCUCGUCCCAGCUCGGCUGUUUUGUUCUCGAAUGCUUUGGAAGACGAUCGCAGCCGCUGAGUCGCCGACCCAUGUAGCAUUCUUCCCACAGGUUGCACCGCACACCGACACGGAACCUGCCUGCGUCGCUCCUGCGUGCCAGUGCGACCUGGUCGCUGCGCCGUCAGACGCGUCGCCAUUGCAAGCUACCGGAACCCUCCCAGCCUUCCGCGCCUCCAAACUCACGGAUCCUGCA